AUGGCCGAAGACGAGGAUCAAGAUAUUUUUGAUGCGCUGGAGCGCGAAGCCUCCGAAUUUACAAAAGAUGCGGAGAUCGAUCGCAUCCGUAAGGCCUUCUCUCUCGACGCCUACGCCGUCCUAGACUUACAACCUGGUGUACCUGAGAAAGAUAUCAAAGUCCAAUAUCGCAAAAAGUCUCUUUUGAUCCAUCCGGAUAAGACCAAGAAUCCCGCGGCCCCAGAUGCCUUCGACCGGCUUAAAAAGGCCCAGACCGCGCUCCUCGAUGAAAAAGAACGAACCUAUCUAGACGAGUGCAUCGCAGAUGCGCGACGACUCUUAAUUCGCGAACAUAAAUAUACAGUUGACUCACCGGAGUUGAAAACGGACGAGUUCAAGAAGGAAUGGCGACAAAAGACCGUUCAGGUUCUUCUGGAGGAAGAAGCGCGGAGACGACGACAACUCAAGGCACGUAUGCAAGAAGAAGGUCGAGAACAGCGCAAGGAAGAGGAAGAAAUCGAAGCGCGUAAGCGCAAACGUGAUCAAGAUAAGGCGUGGGAAGAUACUCGAGAAGAGCGAAUUGGCAAUUGGCGGGAUUUCAAGAAAGGAAAAUCUGGCGGCGACGAGAAAAAGAAGAAAAAGAAGAUGAAGGUCCUCGGAUGA